GGCAAAGGGGCGGGGCCCUGCGCCGUCAGCGCAGACAGGGAUGGGAAACUUGUCCCGGAUAUUUACCUAGCUAUACCUGGCUUUUUGCGACGCGCCCGACCCGACGUUUUCACGCCGGAAAUAUUCAGGUAUAUGACUUGUCUUCGAAGCGGGAGGGACGGAGGAACUGCGCCGGACGGGCUGGCCAGAUCUGCUCGCCUGGAAAACCAAGACAGGACACAUGUCCCCUCUCGGAGAGGAGUCGAUGGCAGGGCGUUUGUCUGGAUAGGGAAGCAGAGUUACCGCGGUAACAGACAUGCCAAAACCGGACCUGCUCUGCUUAGUUCAACUGCUGGACGGCACCAUCGAGACCUUCAGAGUCAGCAAGCAGGAUGAAGGCGAGGUUCUGUUGAGCCUGGUGUUUGACCACCUGGGCCUGCAGGAGAGGCAGCUCUUCAGUCUGCAGAUCAGAGAAUCCAGCACAGCCAUAGCCUCUUUCACAGCCAACACACACUCUCCUAGAUGGUUGGAGCCUGAGAAACCCUUGAAGAAGCAAAUCAAAGGCCUCGUGUCCCCCUUUUAUCUGAACUUCAGAGUACGAUUCUUCAUCUCCGAUCCCAACUCUCUGCAGCAUGACCAGACGAGGCACCUGUACUUCCUUCAGAUUAGAAGCGACAUCAGAGAAGGACGGUUGCAGUGUCCGCUGAAUGCUGCAGUGGUGCUGGCGUCCUAUGCUGUGCAGUCGGAAAUUGGGGAUCACUGUCCGUCCCGGGCCCCCGGAUACCUCUCCAAAUGCCACUUUAUGCCCGAACAGAAUGAAGAUUUCCUUUCCAAAGUGGAAGAUCUCCAUCCCCAGCAUAAAGGGCUUAAGCAGAGCGAUGCUGAGCUGUGUUUUCUCAACACCGCCCGGACGCUGGAGUUGUAUGGAGUGGAGCUUCACGCUGCUAUGGACACUAACAAUACACCUUUAAUGGUGGGUUUGACCUCAAGUGGGGUCGCAAUAUUCUGCAAUAUGGUUUGUUCCAGUUUCUUCCCCUGGGGGAAAAUUAUCAAGAUUUCUUUUAAGAGGAAACGCUUUUUUCUACAUUUAAAACAGAAACACGGGGAGACCCAAGACUGUGAAGUGCCUCUUCUUCUUCUCUGCCCUAAAACUUGCAAGAACUUGUGGCGUUCAUGUGUGGACCACCACUCCUUUUUUUCCUCCAACCGCAACGCCAAGAGCCCUAAACAGGGCAACAGCACAGUUCAGACCUACACAAAGCUGAUAACACAACACUUGGGGUUCAGCAACAGCAAAGCUGAGACGGGCCCUGUUUACCAGCGUGUGGUUGGCGGCAUGGUGUGGAAUCCGGUUCUGCAGAGGUCGAUUUCAUUAGAACAUCUUGAAACCAAGAGCCUGCCAUCCAGAUCACCUCCAUCCACCCCCAACUGGCGGAGUCCCAGAGUUCGCCAUGAGAUCCGAAAGCCUCGCCCGUCCUCUGCGGAGCUCACUGCGGAUUUGAAAAACAUGUCUUUGGGGGAGGAUGUGUUCUACACUUACAGAGCCUCUGUGAGCAGCAGCAAAGGCAGCGAAGGAGACGUCUCACCUAACCGCCUUUCUGGAUCGUACAGCCAAGGACCAGAUGAUGCUUUGUCCCAUGCUGAUGAUAGUAUAGGAGAGGAGGACACCCCACCCUACUAUAAUAAGGAUGCUUUGGGUGAUGGAGACCUCAUGCUAAUAUGUAUCACUCCAGACCAUGAGGGCAAGUUUGGCUUCAACGUUAAAGGUGGGGUGGAUCAGAAGAUGCCCCUGUCUGUUUCCCAUAUCAAACCAGACUCCCCGGCAGGUCGAUCUGAGCCCAAACUCAUGGAGGGAGACCUCAUCGUCCUCAUUAACGGUCGAGACAUUUCUGAGCACACGCACGACCAAGUGGUCAUGUUUAUACGAGCCAGCAGGGAAUCGCACUCCCGACAGUUGGCCUUGCUUAUCAAACGUAAAGGUUCUGGCCGAGUGGCGCCCUCACUGCAGCUACCUCCCACCCUCACACUCACCAUCCCUUCACAUGACAGCAAGCCGCAGUCCCCCGGCCAGUCAGAGCGGGUCAAAACGCUGGAGGAAUCGAUGAGACAGCUGGAGAGAGGCAUACAGUCUGGCACGCUGUGCUUUCAUUUUGAGAAUUUAUACAGGAGGAAGCCCGGAAUGUCACAAGACUGUUCACGACUCCCUGAAAACCAGGAGAAGAAUCGGUACAGGGAUGUUUUGCCGUACGAUGCCACCAGAGUGGUACUGCAGAGUCAGGAAGACUACAUUAACGCCAGCCACAUCACGGUGGCGCCCCCAGAGUCUGGCGUUUGUUUACAAUAUAUUGCAGCACAGGGUCCUCUGCCACAGACCUGCACUCAUUUUUGGCAGACUGUGUGGGAGCAGCAGAUUCACACCGUCAUCAUGCUUACAACUCUAACAGAGAGGGGACGGACCAAGUGCCACCAGUACUGGCCACACCCACCGAAAGCGAAGGAUUACGGGCACAUGUCAGUGGAGUGUCACUCGGAGGAGUGUAACCUGGCUUAUGUGACACGACGGUUCACCCUGAAACACACUCAGUUGGGUGAUGAGCGUGCGAUCACACACCUGCAGUAUGUGGCGUGGCCGGACCACGGCGUGCCCGAUGACCCGUCAGACUUCCUGCAGUUUGUCAGCUCUGUAAGAGAGACGAGGGACAAGGAGCCGCUAAUGGUCCACUGCAGUGCUGGUAUUGGACGAACCGGCGUCCUGAUCAUCAUGGAGACGGCGCUGACUUUGAUGGACGGGGGUCAGCCAGUGUUUCCCCUGGAAAUUGUCAAAACAAUGAGAGAUCAGCGAGCUAUGAUGGUUCAAACCACGUCUCAGUUCCAGUUUGUGUGCGAGGCCAUUCUGCGCGUCUACAAAGAGAAACAAGAGAUGCCUACAACCUCAUAACAUAAAUCAGCAAUCGGACCAAACCGUUUCCCUCAUCCUCAAUUCAUAGUGGGCACAGCGUGCUCCAACAGAUUAAACUCUGUCAAGCUUAUGGGACCGACGCAUGGACAGGAUAAUGAGAGUAUAACAAGCUUCGGAGCACAGCUGUCUAUGAUCUGUGCAGCUGUGUGAGAACAAAUCUUCCACCUAGUCUGCCUUAGUUUUUGCUGAAAGUGCAUUAGGCUUAUAAGGACUGUGGUCUCCAUAGAGACUGAUCUAAGACUGACGUUAGCUGCUAAUUUCUGUACAAGAGACCUCUAAGCAAUGUCGCUUCUAUUCAUUAAGCUAUGGUUCUGAUUCUUCCCAGUCGAUGGGUCUGUAAGGGCAAAAGAGUUUGGAUUUUUGUAAUAUGGUUUAUCUCUGAGUCCCCAAGACAGGGAGCAAAGCUGACUUUCGAUCACAGCUGCUGAUAUUGUGAGAUCUGGGGAGAAGCAGGUGACGGCUGAAGAGCACCGAAUUGACUGUUCAUCACUUUUAAAUUAUUCUGUAACUAAAUAAACUCUCUGAUUUAUACAGA